AUGAAUCCCAAUCUUGGUAUCGAUUUGAAACCUUCAACAACUCUACGUCCGUACCAAGAGAAGAGUCUCAGAAAAAUGUUUGGAAAUAGUCGCGCUAGAUCUGGUGUCAUCGUUCUGCCCUGCGGUGCAGGUAAAACAUUGGUUGGCGUAACAGCGGUUACAACUGUCAACAAGCGCUGUCUUUGUCUCGCGAACUCUAAUGUAUCUGUGGAACAGUGGAGAGCCCAAUUUAAGUUGUGGUCAACAAUCACUGACAAACAAAUUGUUCGGUUUACUCGUGAAGCAAAGGAUUCUGUUCCGCAUGGAGCGGAUGCGAGCAAGCCUGUGGUUUGUAUCAGCACUUAUUCCAUGGUAGCUUACGCGGGAAAACGCACUUAUGCAGCUGAAGAGGCAAUGAAGUUCAUUGAAAGUCAAGAAUGGGGUCUGCUGUUACUGGAUGAGGUGCACACUAUUCCUGCAAAGAUGUUCCGAAGAGUGCUUACUAUUGUACAAGCCCAUUGCAAACUGGGUCUAACGGCCACGCUUGUUCGUGAAGAU